CAAUCACCUUCCUUUCCACACGUCAUCACUGGGCUAGGCCGCAAUACUUAUUCUACCCAACAUACAGCAUUUGAGCCUGAUAAGUUUGGGUCCAAGUAAUGGAACUAAGGGAAUAAUAGACAUGAAUUCUGAUUACCGUACUGUACCUACCGUUCCACAUUCCUCACUGCUCAGACUCAACACAAAGCACCCCCAACUAAAGUCACCAGACGCCAAGAAAUCCUGCAUCACUUCCACAGCAACUUCUCUGUGACCUGCCAACCAACCAGCAACUCACCCGCCCACCUAGGUCACCUCAAAUAAACCAACCCGGUCCCGUCCGUCAUGAUAACCCACACCUGGACCAACCUAAUCCUGAUCCGCCUAAGCAUCCUCCUCCUGCAGCACGCCCCGCUGCUCGAGGCCGCCCUCCUCCUCAUCCUCCAUCUAACCUCCCCAAUCCCACGCCCCCUGUGGACAACCCUGACCCAACUCGGCCUUCUCACCCUGCUCACCCUCGAAGCCCUCUUCUACCUAGCCCUCUACCGCCCGCACAAGGCCCGGCUGCAGCGGACGGUGGCCGCCCACCCCAACCCGCCCGACCGCUCCACACGCGAGGCGCUGUUCGCCCGCUGCGUCGCCCAUGUGCCCGACUGGGAGCGCUACCUGCGGGGGUGGUUCCAGGGGGCGGACGCGGGCGAGAUCAGGCGGGAGAAUGUCCGGGAGUUUGUGGGCUGGGCGUUUUUCGGGAGGGAUGUCACGGGUACGGGUACGGGCACGGGCGGUGCAGGAGGCGACGGGUUGGAGGAGGAAGAGGAAAGGGAAAUGCAGGGGUAUCUGGCGCAGAUUGAAGCGCUGCUGGGCCGCCCGCUGCCGCCGGGCAGGGGAAGCGCGACGGCGCUGCGGUUGACGCUGGACCCGGUCGAGGUGCGGUACCGGAGCGUGGUGUGGUACGGGCUUGUUGCGGCGGUGGAUUUGGUGACGCAUUUGUUCCUUUGCUGGCAGCACGGGUUUGUCCACUACGCGCCGCACCCGCGGGCGGGGUCGUUCCCGCCGAGGAUUGUGCUGCCGCCGCGGGGAGGGCUGGUGCGCCGGUCGUCGGCGUCGGAAACGUUGGGCUACUACUUCCGCGAACACCGCUCGAGCAGACACCUGCCGGUGGUGUUUAUCCAUGGGAUUGGGAUCGGGCUGUGGCCGUACAGGGAGUUUCUGGGGGAGUUGUAUCAUGAUCCUGAAGCUCGCGGGGAUGAGCAGGUCGGUGUUCUCGCGCUUGAGAUGCUGUCCCUCUCUGCGCGCUUAACGUCGCCGCCGCUGUCGCCGCAGGCCUUUCUCGAGCAUGUAAAUGCUAUACUAGCUCAGCACGGACGACAGUGGGAUCGCUUUGUGCUGGUCACGCACAGCUACGGCUCGGUGGUGGCGACGCACAUGCUGCGGUCCCCAGUUCUGGGUCGCCGCGUGUGCGGGCUGGUGCUGGUCGAUCCCGUAAGCAUACUCCUGCACCUGCCAGAUGUGGCUUACAAUUUCACCAGGCGAGUGCCGAGGACAGCAAACGAGUGGCAGUUGUGGUAUUUUGCCAGUGUGGAGAUGGGCGUGGCCGAGGGGCUUGGGCGGCAUUUCUUCUGGAGUGAAAAUAUCAUUUGGCGCGAGGAGCUGCUGCUGGUGGGCAGCGACAUUGAAGUAGGCGAAGACAGAGAUAGGCAAGACAAGGGCAAGGGCGGGACUGGGCGAACAAGAAGAGUGGCAGUGUGCCUCUCUGGGAAAGACCUCAUCGUGGACACACAUACAGUCGCACGGUACUUGGCGUCUGACGGGAACAGAGUCUGGUGUGAUCUUGAAGAAGCAUUCAAGAAUGGGCCUGGUGCCCUUACAAACCACUUGGCGCCGUCUGGACUUGAGGUACUGUGGUUUCCUCACUUGGACCAUGCGCAGGUGUUUGAGCAUCGGAAUUAUCGAAAGCGCGUUGUAGAGGUUAUCUCGAGGUUCUGCCGGGUCCAAGUAUGACAUAUAAAUGUACCUUAUAUACCAUAGAGUGUACAUGUAUAUUUCCUGUACAGAAACGUA